GCUUCUGCUCUAGGAAGCUAGGGACGCGUCCCCCGCAGCACCCCCUCCAUCCUACCCGUGCAAGCCCCCAGUUUUCCUGCGAGGGGGCCAUUGGAGCUCUCUGUCCUCCCCUCAUCCCCUCUCCUCCCUCCCUCCGACUCCCCCCCCAAAAAACCCGCCAGUGGCUCACGCCUCCUGCAUACGGGAUGAGGUGAGCAGCGCCGCUGCUGAGAGGGGGCGCGCGCGGGUGUGAGCGUGUGUCCGUGUGCGAGUGUGUGUGCGCCGGGCGGGCGGGCACUGCAGCUUCUUCCUCCGUGGAGCGGAGAGCGAGCGAGAGAGCUCGAGCAAGCGAUCGGCAAAGGCGGGCAGAGGGGCGCGGGUGAAGCGGCGCAGCCAUCCCGGGGCCGGCGCCGCGCAGCCACCAUGCUCAACAACCUGACGGACUGCGAGGACGGUGAUGGGGGAGCCAACCCGGGUGAUGGCAACCCCAAGGAAAGCAGUCCCUUCAUCAACAGCACGGACACAGAGAAGGGAAAAGAGUACGAUGGCAAGAACAUGGCCCUGUUUGAGGAGGAGAUGGACACCAGUCCCAUGGUGUCCUCCCUGCUCAGUGGGCUGGCCAACUACACCAACCUGCCCCAGGGAAGUAGAGAGCAUGAAGAGGCAGAGAACAAUGAGGGUGGAAAAAAGAAACCGGUGCAGGCCCCACGCAUGGGCACCUUCAUGGGCGUGUACCUCCCGUGCCUGCAGAACAUCUUUGGCGUCAUCCUCUUCCUGCGGCUCACUUGGGUGGUGGGCAUCGCAGGCAUCAUGGAGUCCUUCUGUAUGGUCUUCAUCUGCUGCUCCUGUACGAUGCUCACAGCCAUUUCCAUGAGCGCGAUUGCAACCAAUGGUGUGGUGCCUGCUGGUGGCUCCUACUACAUGAUUUCCAGGUCCCUGGGCCCAGAGUUUGGGGGUGCCGUGGGCCUCUGCUUCUACCUGGGCACUACCUUUGCUGGGGCUAUGUACAUCCUGGGAACCAUCGAGAUCCUGCUGGCUUAUCUCUUCCCAGCCAUGGCCAUCUUCAAGGCAGAAGAUGCCAGUGGGGAGGCGGCAGCCAUGUUGAACAAUAUGCGGGUGUAUGGUACCUGUGUGCUUACCUGCAUGGCCACCGUUGUCUUUGUGGGUGUCAAGUACGUCAACAAGUUUGCCCUGGUCUUCCUGGGCUGUGUCAUCCUCUCCAUCCUGGCCAUCUAUGCAGGGGUCAUCAAGUCUGCCUUCGACCCACCCAAUUUCCCGAUCUGCCUCCUGGGGAACCGCACGCUGUCUCGCCAUGGCUUUGAUGUCUGUGCCAAGCUGGCUUGGGAAGGAAAUGAGACAGUGACCACACAGCUCUGGGGCCUUUUCUGUUCCUCUCGCUUCCUCAAUGCCACCUGUGAUGAGUACUUCACCCGAAACAAUGUCACAGAGAUCCAAGGCAUUCCUGGUGCCGCCAGUGGCCUCAUCAAAGAGAACCUGUGGAGUUCCUACCUGACCAAGGGGGUGAUUGUGGAGAGGCGUGGGAUGCCCUCCGUGGGCCUGACAGAUGGCACCCCUGUUGACAUGGACCACCCCUACGUCUUCAGUGACAUGACCUCUUACUUCACUCUGCUUGUCGGCAUCUACUUCCCCUCAGUCACAGGGAUCAUGGCUGGCUCAAACCGGUCUGGAGACCUGCGGGAUGCCCAGAAGUCCAUCCCUACUGGGACCAUCCUGGCCAUCGCCACCACCUCUGCUGUCUACAUCAGCUCGGUUGUUCUGUUCGGGGCCUGCAUUGAGGGGGUCGUCCUGCGGGACAAGUUCGGGGAAGCUGUGAAUGGCAACCUGGUGGUGGGCACCCUGGCCUGGCCAUCCCCGUGGGUCAUUGUCAUCGGCUCUUUCUUCUCUACCUGUGGGGCUGGACUCCAGAGCCUCACAGGGGCCCCGCGCCUGCUCCAGGCCAUCUCCCGGGAUGGCAUAGUGCCCUUCUUGCAGGUCUUUGGCCAUGGCAAAGCCAACGGAGAGCCAACCUGGGCGCUGCUGUUGACUGCCUGCAUCUGUGAGAUCGGCAUCCUCAUCGCCUCCCUGGACGAGGUCGCCCCCAUCCUUUCCAUGUUCUUCCUGAUGUGUUACAUGUUUGUGAACUUGGCUUGUGCGGUGCAGACACUGCUGAGGACGCCCAACUGGAGGCCACGCUUCCGAUAUUACCACUGGACCCUCUCCUUCCUGGGUAUGAGCCUCUGCCUGGCUCUCAUGUUCAUUUGCUCCUGGUACUACGCGCUGGUAGCCAUGCUCAUCGCCGGGCUCAUCUAUAAGUACAUCGAGUACCGGGGGGCAGAGAAGGAGUGGGGCGAUGGGAUCCGAGGCCUCUCUCUCAGUGCUGCUCGCUACGCUCUCUUGCGCCUGGAGGAAGGGCCUCCGCACACCAAGAACUGGAGGCCCCAGCUACUGGUGCUGGUGCGUGUGGACCAGGACCAGAACGUGGUACACCCCCAGCUGCUCUCCUUGACCUCCCAGCUCAAGGCAGGGAAGGGCCUGACCAUUGUGGGCUCUGUCCUGGAGGGCACCUUUCUGGACAACCACCCUCAGGCUCAGCGGGCAGAGGAGUCUAUCAGGCGCCUGAUGGAGGCUGAGAAGGUGAAAGGUUUCUGCCAGGUCGUCAUCUCCUCUAACCUGCGUGAUGGCGUGUCCCACCUGAUCCAGUCUGGGGGCCUCGGCGGGCUGCAGCACAACACCGUGCUCGUGGGCUGGCCUCGGAACUGGCGGCAAAAAGAGGAUCACCAGACAUGGAGGAACUUCAUCGAACUGGUCCGGGAAACCACAGCUGGCCACCUGGCCCUGCUGGUCACCAAGAAUGUUUCCAUGUUUCCUGGGAACCCUGAGCGCUUCUCCGAGGGCAGCAUCGAUGUGUGGUGGAUCGUGCAUGAUGGGGGCAUGCUCAUGCUACUGCCCUUCCUGCUGCGUCAUCACAAGGUCUGGAGGAAAUGUAAGAUGCGGAUCUUCACUGUGGCCCAGAUGGACGACAACAGCAUCCAGAUGAAGAAAGACCUGACCACAUUCCUGUACCACUUACGCAUUACAGCAGAGGUGGAGGUGGUGGAGAUGCACGAGAGUGACAUCUCAGCGUACACCUAUGAGAAGACACUGGUAAUGGAACAGCGCUCUCAGAUCCUCAAACAGAUGCACCUAACCAAGAAUGAGCGGGAGCGGGAGAUCCAGAGCAUCACAGAUGAGUCUCGGGGCUCCAUUCGGAGGAAGAAUCCAGCCAACACUCGGCUCCGCCUCAAUGUUCCCGAAGAGACAGCUGGCGACGGUGAGGAGAAGCCAGAAGAGGAGGUGCAGCUGAUCCAUGACCAGAGUGCUCCCAGCUGCCCCAGCAGCUCACCAUCUCCAGGGGAGGAGCCCGAGGGGGAGGGGGAGACAGACCCAGAGAAGGUGCAUCUUACCUGGACCAAGGACAAGUCAGUGGCAGAGAAGAAUAAAGGCCCCAGUCCCGUCUCCACCGAGGGCAUCAAGGACUUCUUCAGCAUGAAGCCUGAGUGGGAAAGCCUGAACCAGUCCAACGUGCGGCGCAUGCACACGGCUGUGCGGCUGAACGAGGUCAUCGUGAAUAAAUCCCGGGAUGCCAAGCUGGUUUUGCUCAACAUGCCCGGGCCUCCCCGCAACCGCAAUGGUGAUGAAAACUACAUGGAGUUCCUGGAGGUCCUCACUGAGCAACUGGACCGGGUGAUGCUGGUCCGCGGUGGCGGCCGCGAGGUCAUCACCAUCUACUCCUGAGGGCCAGGACCUGUCACGCCGGCCCGAGCGCGCCCGGCCCCGCGGCCCCGGAGCCCUCGCCGCACCGCGCCAACCCGCCGCUGUCACCGUUUACAUAAGACCCUGUGCCCGUGCCCUGGCCCCUUUUCCCGCUGCCUGCAGCCCGGAGGCCUUGCCCAUCGGGGCUGACUCCGAGGGCGGCCCGUGGGCCCCUUUUCUGAGCCCGGCCUCGCCCCGCCGGAGCAGACGCUGCAAUAAAGGUGGCGAGGUGGCGUGGAGAGGAGCGGAACCGCGGUCCUGGGCCGGGCAGCCCCGGGCCCGUCCCUCCCCACGCCCCGCCGCGUUCCCCGGGACCCUGGUCGCCGAGCCUGGGCACCGGCCGGCCGCGCUAUACAUAGUGUACAGGAGACAUCGCGUGUAUUUUUAAUGUCCCCAUAUUUCUUUUAACUAGAAGCGCAACGGACUCCUCGCCACGGCCGCGCUCUCGCUGCUGCGGGCGCCCAGGGAGGCGGCAGCCCGGGGAGCCAGGUUUCCCUGCGCGCCGGAGCGGAGAGCCAAGUGCUUUGAGGCCCGCGCUCUCCUCUCCCUUCCCUGUUCACGCCCUGGGCUUCCCUCUCUUCCCUCCAGUUCUUGGCAAACACAGGUGAGACGGCGGCCGGCUUCGGUGGAUGCGAGCUUUCUGGCGGCCAGGAGAGCGAGGGGUCGCCCCUCCAUGGGGAGAAACCGAGGCCCGCGCCCACCGAGGAAGCCCCGCCCGGUGCCUUCGCGGAGGAGCAGGCGUCUCUCCUCUGUUGGCUUGCUGCCUGCUCCCCAUGUCCCAUGGCUCCUCGCCAAAGACUGAAUUCGUGGAGCUGGAAGGCACCCCCUCCCCAGUUUCCUCCCUGGGACAGGCGAGGGCCGAGGGGCCAAUGCCAGUCUAGACCGACUCACCAGGAGGCCCGGGCAACCUCUGAUGUUCCCUCCCUUGGUCCUCAUCUGCAGGUCCUGCCUGGGGGACCGGCUGCCUACUGAGUGCUCUGGAGCUGGGCCUUGCUGCCUAGCAGCAGGUCCUUAGCUACGUCUCCCAGACACCAGGUCCUGGAGUAGGGCUCGAGUCACGUGGGCUCCGUUGUUCCUCGCGCUUCUCUGCCCUCUUCUGACUUGGACCCAAGGCCUUUGGCUUCCCUAACUCGUCCUUGGCGCUUCCGCUCCACCAGCCCCACCUGUGGGGCGGUGCCCUCAGCCCUUAGAAAGGCGUUUGGCCGUUCCCUUCCCCUAGGGCACGUUACUAAGGGGACAGGCACUGCAUGCUCCUUUAAGCGCCCUCUGGGACUGGGUCCAGUGCCUCCAGCCCCAGGGCCCUGGCCUGCGCACCUAGUUAGACAUCCUGCCCUCCAGGGCUGGGGCCACUAGCUGACCUCACCACCUCCUUCCCCUUGAGCCCAAAGCAGAGAGCUGCAGCUUGGUACCAUCUAGACAAGAUCGGGUGUGGCCAGUGGCAGGGCUGGAGGCCUGCUGCUCGGCUGCUGGGCCCAAGGCCCCUCUGAGAUUUUAUGGGGACUGGAUAUUCAUUCUUCCAGGCAGUAGCCAUGAAGUUGGAAGUGUAGAACCCAGGGCCCAUCAUCCUUCAAGACUGCCCUCCCUUGCCAUGGUCUUGCCUUUUGGGGCCAGAGAAGGGCUGCACAAAAGGGGAGGAGGCUGUACCAACACCAAUUAGGGAACCAAAGUUGCACUACCUGGGCCCAGACUCUCUGGUUGGCAAGAGCAAAGUUUCCGUUGAUGAAAACAAACAUCCCACAACAAAAACCCAAUUUUUCUGUGCUCCAUGUGCAAUAUUUGUUAUGAACCUUGUGUCGUUCAAGUCACCUUUAUAAUCACUGUAGCUAGAUGUUCCAUGUCCACCCAGGUGACUUUUACUGAGUGCAAUAUUUCAAUAGCCUGGUAGUGAGAACGAGUGUUGCUUUUGUUUCAGCCGACCUAUGUGCAGGGCAAUGCAAUGCAGUCCAAAACCCUUGUAAAUAGGAGAGGUUGCAAGCCAAAUCAAGAGUAUUUAUCGUUAUUACUAUUAUUAUUAGGCCUGCCUUUAAUUUUAGUGUUUUGGUAUUUCGCAUCCUGCCUCGGUAUUGAUCUUGUGUUCUUUGUGCCAAUAUGCAAAGGAGAGGGUUGGUUCUUUCCUUUACUGUUGAAUGCUCCCAUUUAAUGCUUUAAGGCUUUUACUGUGUUAAUUUUUUUAGAUACCUGUCUGCACACAAUGCAAUAAAAAUAAUUUUAUUACACCCUU